CUCGAUCGUAUGACGCGCGCGAUCGACUGACUGACGGUUAAAAGUUGGUUGAGACGGAACAACGUAAUUAUCGCUUAAUAGUAUAUUUGCCAUUAUUUUAUGGUUUAACCGUCCAUCAGAGUCACCGAAUAUUUUUACUGAGUUUGUUACAGUCAUCAUGCCUUGUGAACAGAAAUUGCGCCCUGUUCAGAGCUGUCAGAUGCUGCCAGAUGUGGUGUCCACCGAACAACAGUCACUGGUGCUUGUGAAGAAACUUUUAGCCAUCGCAGUCUCAAGCAUCACUUACCUCAGAGGUCUUUUCCCAGAAAAGGCCUAUGGACACAAAUAUGUUGGAGAGCUGAAAGUCCUAAUACUGCGAGAGCAAAGCUGUCAUGGUGCUCAGCAGAUUGUGCAGUGGUUGCAGGGAUGUUUUGAUGCACUUCAAAAAAGAUACCUGCGCAUGGUUCUUCUAUCAAUUUACUGUGAUCCAGACAAUCCACAGAAAGUGACUGAAUGCUACCAGUUUAAAAUCAAGUACACAGAGAACGGACCUCAGAUGGACUUUGAGAGCAAAAAUGGGCAGAUUGAGAGUAAAAUGGCCUGUGACAACACCCAGAAAUCCAGUAUGCUGCUGGUGCGCAAACUUUACGUGCUGAUGCAACAUCUCGGCCCGCUGCCUGACAACAUCUGCCUCAACAUGAAACUCUUCUACUAUGAUGAGGUGACCCCUCAGGAGUAUCAGCCACCUGGCUUCAAGGACGAUGACAAUGAGACGCUGUUGUUCGAGAGGGAACCAGUAAAUCUGACCAUGGGAGAGGUGGUCACACCUUUUCAUAGCCUCAGAAUGAAUGUCACCACUGAGCAAAAGAGACUCGAGACGUUUGAUGAGGAGGAGGUAGUAUGUGUGAGCACAAAAUGGUCUUUGAACACGUUUGAGGAUGGAGUGAUGUCUGAGACCUCAGUUCAGCAGGAGUGUACAACAAAGGCGAAUGUCAUCACUGAUGCAGGCAUUGAAUACUCAGAAACUCAGGAAAACUCACAACAGGGUCACAUAAGUUGCAAGGAGGAUCUUAAUCUAACAAAUGCAAAGAUGGACAGUCUGGUAAAGAAAACUGCUGACCUUAAGGUGGAUGCAAGGAAAACCAGGAGCGGACGCAUCCUUGACCCUCACAUCUCUCAGUUAGAGUUCCCGCUAAGCCAAGAUCCCCAGCCAUCAGCCCCGAAGAGGCGCAAAGUCAGUGUACCUAAAGAACAUUGACUUGUACACUCACAGUAUUUCUAAUACAGCCACACAACAAGCAUGCUGUUUAUUUGUUUUAGUUUUUUGGAUUAAUAUAGUAGCAGAAAUGCAUUGUUAAGUUUUAUGGUUUAAGGGAAUGUGAUAACAUGAGUGCAUAAAUGAAUUUAGUAUUUUGUUAUUUAUGUUAGUUUUCUAUCAGAUAAAUUUGAAAUAGUUAUAUUUUGCUUUCAGUGGCAGG